GGGCCGGAAGCGGGCGGCGCGCGGGGCGGGCGGACAAGAUGGCGGACGGGGACAGCGGCAGCGAGCGCGGCGGCGGCGGCGGGUUCGGGACCGCCCGCGGCGGGGCGGGGGGGGCCGGCCCGGCCGCGGGGCCCGGCGGCGGCGGCGCGGCCGGCCCCGAGCAGGAGACGCAGGAGCUGGCGUCCAAGCGGCUGGACAUCCAGAACAAGCGCUUCUACCUGGACGUGAAGCAGAACGCCAAGGGCCGCUUCCUCAAGAUCGCCGAGGUGGGCGCGGGCGGCUCCAAGAGCCGCCUCACGCUCUCCAUGGCCGUGGCCGCCGAGUUCCGCGACUACCUGGGCGACUUCAUCGAGCACUACGCGCAGCUGGGCCCGUCCAGCCCCGAGCAGCUGGCCCAGGCCGCGGGGCCGCCGGGCGAGGACGGCGCCGGGCCCCGCCGCGCCCUCAAGAGCGAGUUCCUGGUGCGGGAGAACCGCAAGUACUACCUGGACCUGAAGGAGAACCAGCGCGGGCGCUUCCUGCGCAUCCGCCAGACCGUGAACCGCGGCCCCGGCGGCCCGGGGGGGUUCGCGGGAGGCCCCCCCGGGCUGCAGAGCGGCCAGACCAUCGCGCUGCCCGCCCAGGGCCUCAUCGAGUUCCGCGACGCCCUGGCCAAGCUCAUCGACGACUACGGCGGCGAGGAGGACGAGCUGGGCGGCCCCGGCGGCGGCGGCCCGGGCGGCGGGGGCCUCUACGGGGAGCUGCCCGAGGGCACGUCCAUCACCGUGGACUCCAAGCGCUUCUUCUUCGACGUGGGCUGCAACAAGUACGGGGUGUUCCUGCGGGUCAGCGAGGUGAAGCCGUCCUACCGCAACGCCAUCACCGUCCCCUACAAGGCCUGGGCCAAGUUCGGCGGCGCCUUCUGCCGCUACGCCGAGGAGAUGCGCGACAUCCAGGAGCGCCAGCGGGACAAGCUCUACGACCGGCGCGCCGGCCCGCCGGGACCCGGCAGCGGCAGCGGCGCCGGUGACGACUCCGACGGCGACGACGUGGACGACGACUGAGCCGAUCCCCCCAGCCCUCGACCCCGACGCCGGCCCCCCACCACCCCCCCCGAGCCCCGGGGCGAGCGGGUCCCCGAUCCCCCCUCCCAGCGACGGGGCAGAGGGGUCCCGGAGCCCCCCUUCCCCCUCCCAGCGACGGGGUG